AUGAGGAAUCAGACCAACGUCAGCUCCAAAAAUUAUUGUCUGAAAUGGAUCUCGGCGACCAGAGAUUAUAUUGAAAUGCAAUCCCAAGAAAAGCAAACACAAGUAACAAUCAUGUCACCAAGUGACCCCCAACCAUCCACAAGCGCUUGGACAAACGAAGAGGCUAGUCUCUUCGCGUUCGAGGACUUGUACGUCACCGCAUGCGUUGAUGAAGGAAGUCAAACCAGUGACGUAGAGCCGCAACUUUACCUCCAAAGUCUGGAGACUAGAGUGGCAAAGGCUCUCGCGUCAUCUAAAGGUUUUUCCGACCUUAUCGAAAUCGCAGAAGCGUAUGAUGACGAUAAGAAACUGAAUAUCAGGCUGAACACCACGCCUGUUAAUUCAGAUGAGUUUGAUGCCCUGAUUACCGGAAUUGAGAAGAAAGAUGUCGCUACGAUUGACACUGAAUUUGGUGUCUUCGAAGUACCGAUACCUACGACUUCCGCAAUUCCAAAGUAUCAAAAGGUGUUAAACACAACUGCAGCAGCCGCUAUUAAAACACUCCGCGAUACGUCUCUCCUUAUGGACUCUCGCGGCAUGAAUGUAGCAAAGCUCGCUCAGAAAAUUAAAAGCAUAAGUCAAAGAGCAGUUUCAAAGUAUUCAAAGUCUCUUGAUCGAAAAGAUGUGAUGGAGUCUAUCCUGAGCGUCUUGAUUAUUGAGCGAAUAAAAGAACGACAGCUUCAGACUAUAUGCAAUCACUACAGCAAACCAGAGAUGUGGGUUGACCCAUUAUCCUCGGGGCUGUGGAUCAUCAAUCCUGAUGAAAAUCACCCUGCCAAUUUGGCAGCUAGACAAAGGAAGGUAACUUCCGUCUAUGAGUUAGAUGAUAAUUUAACUCAAAGUCUGAUCGCACUAACCUUUUCACGAAAACCGAGAGAGACUGCAGCCGCUAAGCUGAAUCUAUUCUCGCGUGUCAAGGGAAGUAAACGAGAUGACAUCAAAACAGACCCAAAGAAAGUGCUGGCAACGGUACUCUCCGAGUCUGAACUAACGCAAGCCGAAAUUAAAGCUAUGAUAUUCUCAAAGCCAAAAGAAGCUAUAAAUACGUGUCCACAUUGUGACGUCCCUGUCGAAAUUUGUGGCGUAACGUAUCAUAGACAAUGCCCAGUCAUUGAAUGGUUAGUAAAGAAUUUCUUCUUUAAAUACGAUUGCGAACACGAGGUUUUAUCAACUCAAAGGGUUAUAUUCCUCGAUCACAACCAAAGAGCCAUGUUAGAGACAAUCCAGCGUCACCAUCGUACGCUAAACCAACCUUUUAAAAUAAAAGGAGGAGCGAAAUACGCAGUGAUGCAGAGAGAAGGAGAAUCUCUAAAGACUCUAACUACACUAUCUACUAAUCCGCAGUACGUUCCAGGCACAAAUGAGUGGCUGGAGAAACGUCGAAGAGAGGAAGAAGCCAAAAGGCAUAGAUAA